GAGCGAGUCAAGAGUCAAAUCUCUCUCCGCGGCACCAACCACCUCCCCCACCCCCCUCCCGCCGCAGCCCAAAUCGGCAGCGACCAAAUCCCCCCAGCCCCCGCCCCCGCCCCAAACCCUAGCGCGCCAAUGCCCCUCUAGCCAGCCCCCUCCCACCCGACCCGAUCGCGGGGGCGGCCAUGGAUCCGGGCGGGGCGAUGCUGCUGGAGGACUUCGGGCAGCGGGUGGACCUGACGCGGCGCAUCCGCGAGGUGCUGGCCAACUACCCGGAGGGCACCACCGCGCUGCGGGAGCUCAUCCAGAACGCCGACGACGCCGGGGCCUCGCGGGUCCGCCUCUGCCUCGACCGCCGCGCCCACGGGGCCCGCUCGCUGCUCGCCCCGGCCCUCGCGCAGUGGCAGGGCCCCGCCCUGCUCGCCCACAACGACGCCGCCUUCACCGACGACGACUUCGCCAGCAUCUCCCGCAUCGGCGGCAGCAAGAAGGCCUCCCAGGCCUGGAAGACCGGCCGCUUCGGCAUUGGUUUCAACUCGGUGUACCACUUGACCGACUUGCCAUCAUUCGUGAGCGGCAAGUAUGUUGUCAUGUUUGAUCCUCAGGGCGCUUACCUUCCAAAUGUGUCGGCGGCAAAUCCUGGGAAGCGCAUAGACUAUGUCAGUUCUACGGCACUUACAUUGUACGGUGACCAGCUCUCGCCCUAUCGUGCAUUUGGCUGCGACAUGAAAGCGCCAUUUCAAGGAACCUUGUUCCGUUUCCCUUUGCGGAAUGCUGAGCAAGCAUCCUCUAGCCGGUUAUCAAGACAAGUGUACACAGAGGAUGAUAUCUUAUCUCUUUUCGCUCAACUGUACGAAGAAGCUGUAUACAACUUGCUUUUUCUUAAAAAUGUCCUCGCACUUGAAAUGUAUGUGUGGGAACCUGAUAUGGGUGAGCCAAAAAUAGUAUACUCUUGCGCCUUACAAUCACAGGAUGACAAAUUGUCAUGGCAUCGCCAAGCUCUAAUCAGGUUCUCUGGCACUUCUGCUGAAUCUGUUGAGCAGAAGAUAGAUUCCUUUUCUAUGGAUUUUGUAUCGGAGGCAUUCCUGGGGAACAAGUUUGAGAAAAAGAGCCAUACCUAUUUUAUUGUACAGGGAAUGGCAUCUGCAUUAAGUAAAAUAGGUAUUUUUGCAACUGGUGCUGCCAAGGAAUAUGAUCUUCACCUACUGCCCUGGGCUUCUGUUGCUGCUUGCAUCUCCAAAGUGGAGCCUGAGGAUAUUAAUCUCAGACAAGGUCAUGCAUUCUGUUUUCUUCCUUUGCCAGUAAGGACCGGACUAUCUGUGCAUGUGAAUGGUUAUUUUGAAGUUUCGUCCAAUCGACGUGACAUUUGGUAUGGAGCUGACAUGGACAGGGGUGGUAAGCUCCGUUCUGAUUGGAACAGGCUACUGCUGGAAGAUGCUGUUGCUCCAUUGUUCAGAGAACUGUUGCUGGCGUUGCGGACACUUACAGACUCCACAAUACUGUAUUAUUCUUUAUGGCCAACUGGUUUAUUUGAGGAACCCUGGAGUAUUCUUGUGGAACAAAUUUACAAAGUUAUCUAUACCUCUCCAGUUUUGCAUUCAGAGAUCAAAGGUGGGACAUGGGUAUCACCGGCUGAGGCUUUGCUUCAUGAUGAGGGCUUUUCAAGAAGUAAUGAUCUUAGUGAAGCUCUUGUAUUGUUAGGCAUGCCUGUUGUUCGUGUACCAAGUGCAAUUGUUGAUGUGUUUUCGAAAUUCUAUAUGAAGUCUACGGUAAAACGAGUUGCUCCUGCUGCAGUGAGGCAUUUUCUCCAAGAUUUUGUAAAGCUUGGUACAUUAGGAAAAUCUCAUAAGCUAAUAUUACUGGAAUAUUGCCUUAGUGAUCUGGACAGUGCUGAUAUUGGUAAAUGCAUGAAUGGCCUCCCACUGAUUCCACUAGCAAAUAAGCAGUAUGGGAUUUUUUCUGAGAUUUCACAAGAGAGCACCUACUAUGUCUGUGAUAAGACAGAAUAUGACCUCCUUUCUGCAGUUGGUGACAGAAUAAUUGACCGAAGCAUUCCCCCUGUAUUACUAGACAAGCUGUAUCAGAUAGCCAAUAACUCUCAGGUGAAUAUUUCACCCAUUGAUGGUCUAAUCUUUCUUCAAUUCUUCCCCAGGCUAUUUCCUCCUGGAUGGAAGUGUAAAAGCCGAGUUCCUUGGGAUCCAUCAUCGGGUGUGUCAUCUCCUACGGCAGAUUGGUUUAAACUUUUUUGGCACUAUAUUGGGAAACAUUCUUAUGACCUUGAUUUGUUUAGUGACUGGCCUAUACUGCCUUGUACCUCUGGACACCUUUACAGAGCAUCUACAGCAUCAAAGUUAAUUGAAACAGAGUCACUAUCUAGUUUGAUGAAGGAACUUUUGGCCAAGUUAGGUUGCAAGAUAUUAGACACCAAGUAUUUACGUGUGUAUCAACAGCUUUCUCAUUAUGUAUAUGAUGGUGAUGCAACUGGAGUUCUUAAUUCAAUCUUUGGGAUUGCCUCGCUGGAGGGAGUCGAUGUGCAUGCACUGUUUCAACGCAUCAAGCCUGGUGAGAAAAUUGAGCUGUACCAGUUUCUUCUAGAUCCGAAAUGGUACAUAGGAGUCUGCCUUUCUGACAUGAACAUAAAGCUAUGCAAAAAGUUGCCCAUCUUCAGAGUAUUUGAUGGAGGAUCUCACAGUUCUUAUGGCUUCUCAGAUUUGUCCAGUUCAAAAAAGUAUCUGCCACCUCUUGGUGUUCCUGAACACCUACUCAAGUCUGAUUUUGUGUUCUGUAUAUCCCCAAGCAACGAAGAUAUCAUAAUGAGGUAUUAUGGUGUUGAACGUAUGCCGAAAUCAGUCUUCUACCAGAGGUAUGUUUUGAACAAGUUAGAUGAGUUGCAAGCAGAGGUUCGUGAUUCAGUUAUACUAGCCAUCUUGCAAGAUCUGCCCCAGCUGUCCUUGGAAGAUCCAAGGUUCAAGGAAGGCUUGAAAGUCCUUAGAUUUGUGCCGACCAUUAAUGGGACCUUGAAAAGUCCUCAGUCUCUUUAUGAUCCUCGAGUGGAAGAACUCUAUGCUCUUCUCCAGGAAUCAGACUGCUUUCCCAAUGGUUUAUUUCAAAACCCAGAUGUUCUUGAUAUGUUACUCUGCUUGGGGCUUAGAACUUCUGUUUCUACUGAUACUAUUAUAGAAAGUGCUCGGCAAAUUGAUUCAUUCGUGCGCAAAGAUCAAGAGAAGGCUCAUUCAAGGGGUAAAUUGCUUCUUUCAUAUCUUGAAAUUCAUGCUCACAAAUGGAGUGUAAAUAAGGCAUUUGAUGCCCGGAAGAAGGUGAAUAAUAUGUUUGCGAAAGUCACUACUGCACUGAGGCCUCGUGAUACGUCUUGGGAAUUUGAUCUCGAGAAGUUCUGGAGUGAUUUGAGAAUGAUUUGUUGGUGUCCUGUGUUGGUCACUGCACCAAGCCCAGCCCUGCCAUGGCCUUCAGUAUCAUCGAUGAUCGCUCCACCAAAGCAAGUAAGGCUGCAGGAAGAUAUGUGGAUUGUUUCUGCUAGCUCACGUAUACUUGAUGGCGAAUGUACUUCCUCAGCUUUGUCUUACAGCUUAGGUUGGUCAUCUCCUCCUUCUGGAAGUGUAAUUGCUGCUCAGUUGCUUGAGCUGGGUAAGAACAAUGAAAUUGUGACUGAUCAAGUCCUUCGGCAAGAGUUAGCAUUGGUGAUGCCUAAGAUUUAUUCAUUACUGACUAAUUUGAUUGGUUCUGAUGAAAUGGAUAUUGUCAAAGUGGUUCUAGAGGGCUGCAGAUGGAUUUGGGUGGGCGACGGAUUUGCAAAAGUUGAUGAAGUUGUUCUAAGUGGCCACCUUCACCUUGCGCCUUACAUUCGUGUCAUUCCAAUUGAUUUAGCAGUUUUCAAGGACUUGUUCUUGGAUCUUGGCAUAAAGGAGCACCUCGACCCUGUGGAUUACGCUAGUAUUCUGACCAGAAUGGCCAUGAGGAAAGCCAUGGCUUCGCUUGAAGCUGAAGAACUAAGGACAGCUGUGUUAGUGGUGCAGCAUCUAGCUGAGUUCCGGUUUCAGGAUCAGCAAACACAGAUAUAUUUACCUGAUUCUUCAGCUAGGCUCUGCCUAUCUUCAGAACUUGUAUUUAAUGAUGCUCCUUGGCUUCUUGACUCUGGUCAUGACAUCAUUGGUGAUGCAUCCAGCAUUGCUUUCAGCCCACAGAAGUAUGUUCACAAUUUUGUGCAUGGUAAUAUUUCCAAUGACGUGGCAGAAAGGCUAGGUGUUCGCUCCCUUCGCCGUCUCUUGCUUGCUGAGAGUUCCGAUUCGAUGAAUUUGAGUUUAUCAGGGGUUGCUGAGGCUUUUGGACAACAUGAAGAUUUGACUACAAGGCUCAAGCAUAUUGUUGAGAUGUAUGCAGAUGGUCCUGGGAUUCUCUUUGAGCUGGUACAGAAUCCACCCGCCACCGCGAUCCGCCUCAUCUACGCCGUGCGACCGACCUGGUCCGUCGGUUGCGCGCGCCUCCGCAGGCUCCAUGAAGACCGUCCCGAGUUCAGCGCGCCCCUCUACCGAUCGAGCAAUGGGCUGCCGCUGCGUCGCCCCGUCGGGCCGCAGCGCUGCCGCCCCGUGGUUCUUCUCCCAGCUGCACCGACCCGCGUCACCGCUGUGUCGCCCCUUCGGGCCGUAGUACCGCGGCCCGCGGUCCACCGCCGCCCAGAGCCCGUCCGCUCCAGGUCGUCCCCGUGGCAGCACCGACCCUCGCGCCGCCACUGCGUCGCCCCGUCGGGCCGUAGCGAGCGUGGCACGUGGUCCAUGCCGCCGUCUAGAGGCCGCCCCCGCGAUUGCAUCGACCCGCGCUCCUCCGCCGCGCCGCCCCUUCGGGCUGUCGCGCCGCGGCCCAUGGUCCCUGCCGCCCCGAGGUCUUCCAGCCAUCACCCCGACCUGCCCGCCGCCGUUGCGUCGCCCCUUCGGGCCGUAGCGUAG